AUGGUUGCUUCUUCUAGGGUUCCUUCCUCUGCUUCUACUAUCGCCGAAUUCGUCAUGAAUCUUCUUCUUCUUCCUCGACUCGCCUUGUGGUGGGUUUCGUUGCUCUUUACAGUCACAAUAGCACAAGACUCUCCUCUCAUCACUCGCAUCGCCUUCGGAUCAUGCGCUAAUCAAAGCGCUCCACAGCCGAUAUGGAAUGCGAUAAACAAGUUUGAUCCACAAUUGUUCAUUUGGUUGGGUGAUAACAUCUAUGGAGAUAUCAGAAAACCCAUUAGAAUAAUCAUUGGGAAAGAGAGAACCAUUGGGCCAUGGAGGAAUUCGCCGAGGUUUGUUCCUUCUUCAGAGGAAGAAAUGAAAUUGAGAUACGCAAAAGCUAAGUCUAAUCCUGGCUAUUCACGUCUCAAGAGAAACGCUAAAGUUAUUGGUACUUGGGAUGAUCAUGAUUACGGAUUGAAUGAUGCUGGUAAAGAGUUUGAUCGUAAAGUCACUAACCAAAGACUCAUGCUUGAUUUCUUAGAUGAGCCUCUUGAUAGUCCAAGGAGAAAGCAAGCUGGAGUUUAUGCAGCUUAUACUUUUGGUCCACCUAACCGGAAAGUCAAGGUUAUAAUGUUAGAUACUAGAUAUCAUAGAGACCCUCUGCGAAGUGACGGGAGUAUUUUGGGUGAUACGCAAUGGGCAUGGCUUGAAGAAGAAUUGAGAGGUCCGCGUAGUGAAAUUACUAUCAUAGGAUCGUCUGUUCAGGUGAUAUCAAAUCUUUCAGCUACCACUGGUCCACUCUUUUAUAUGGAAUCAUGGGGCCGUUUUCCAAAGGAAAGGAAACGACUUUUCAAACUGAUAUCAGAUACUAAGAGAAAUGGAGUUAUAUUCAUCAGUGGAGAUGUUCAUUUUGGAGAAAUCACGAGAUACGAUUGUGCUGUUGGGUACCCUUUAUAUGAUGUCACCUCUAGUGGUCUAGUACAAUCUGUUGAGAAAGUUUUCCCUCGUCCUUUGCGUUUCAUCGUUAGGCUUCUUUUUUGGUAUACUCCAAGCACAAUGAGAGUUAUCAAUGAAAACUGCAAAUUCAAAUCAUGCACAUACGGACAAUCGAAUUUUGGAGCCAUAUCGAUAGAUUGGAAUGCAAAUCCGGCCACCAUAAGGCUUGAAAUCAGAGAUGUUAACGGAGUGACAGUACUAGGCACAAAUGUUUCACUAUCCGAUCUCCAAGCACGAGGCUCAAAUUUACCGACAAAUCCAACCACAAAGGGGAAGUCCCAAAGAUAUUGCACCCUUGAAGUUGAAUUACCAGGAACAACCAGAUACAGAUUAGCAGUUCUCAUCUACUUCACCGUUGCUGUCUUGGCAAUGGCGUUUGUAGGACUGAUCAUUGGAGUUGUACUGACAAUAACAGCAUGCGUUUAUAAAUGCAAGGUCGACUGA